CUAAUUUCAUGAUAACCAGUAAGAGCUAAUCUCACAGGAAGGCCUCGUUGCUAAUGGAGGAGCGUCCAUAGCAGCGAACACCGGAGCCAAGCAAUAUUAACCGGACUAAGACAUGAUGGCUGCAUCUGCAUUACGUAUUGGAGACCAGCUGAUCUUAGAGGAAGAUUAUGAUGAAAACUAUAUUCCCCAAGAACACGAAAUCCAAGAGUAUGCACGAUUGAUUGGAAUAGACCCUGAAGCAGAGCCUGAACUUAUGUGGUUAGCUCGGGAGUGCAUUGUGGCACCCUUACCUUCAGAAUGGAAACCUUGCCAAGAUGUUACAGGGGAUAUAUAUUACUUUAACUUUUCCACCGGAAAGUCUACAUGGGAUCACCCAAAUGAUGAACAUUAUCGGGAGAUGGUGAAGCAGGAGAGGGAAAAGCUACAGGCACGUGGUGGGGGUAAGAAGAAAGAAAAGAUCAGGAAAAAGGAGAAGAAGAAAGAAAAGAAAAGCAAAGAGGUGCCAAAACCCAUUCCGUCCUCUCUUGGACCAAUGCAAAGUUCCCUGGGGAGUCUAGCCCCUCUUCGAGGUCUUAGCCAACCAACGGGAACCAGUGGAGGCACACGGGUUUCACUGAGCAGCAGUGCAGGAAGUUCAGGGGGAUUUGACUCCCUGCUAACUGGCACACCUAGGAAUUCAUCCAAACUUACUUCUUAUAUCAAGAGCAGUGCAGGACAUCGAUCAGAGGAAAUAAAUCUACCUGGUCUAGAGGAAGAUAUGGAGGGUGAGCAAGAGAGUGAAGAUCAGAGCCCCUGGGGGUCCCCACGUCUACUCAAAAACUUGCAUAUGGACCUUGGAUAUCUGGGCGGAGGUUUUGAAUAUGAGGACUCUGAAGUGAGUGAGGAUGCCAAGCAUUUGGCAGAUAACAAAGAGGCUAUCUUGGAUUUGAAGUCCAUUGGUCAGUCAGAUGAAAAGGUGUUGGACAUCAGUGCCUUAUCCCCAAGACCUCUUAGCCCCAAGGAAGCUAAAGUUUUAGAAGAUGUCAAAGAAUUUUCAGAAUCUGCUAAGAGAAGAGGGAAUGUCUUGGAAUUUGGUCAGCUAGAUGAAAAGGUGUUAGAUAUCAGUGCCCUGUCACCUUUGCCUCUCAGCCCCAAGGCCUUGGAAGUGAGUGAGGAUGAAGAUUUUUCAGAAUCUGCCAACAGCAGAAAGGCCGUUUUGGAUUUUGGGUUUAGAGGUCAAUCAGUAGAAAAGGUACUGGACAUAAGUGCCCUGUCUUCAAAACCUCUCAGUCCCAAGGAUAUAAUAGAAGAGGAGGACCUGAGUGAAGAUAUAGAGGAAAAGGAUAUAAGCGAGGAAGAUGUAAGCAAGAAACUUGACAUGGACCAAAUGACAGAUAUAAAAGAGAAAGUUGUGGAGAAAGUGAGCAAAGAAAAUGCUAGAAAUCACGUAAGUGAGGAACACAUGGAAGAGCAGAUCAAGGAUAAUCUGAAUGAAGCACACAUUAAAGAUCAUGCCAAGGCCAUUACAGAAAGGAGUGAAAGGCAAAGUCAUUUAGAUGAGGAAUCGGUAUCUUUGUCUGAGGAGUCAUCCAGUCAUAAGAUUGAUCCCCCUGAAACUGUUGUGGAUUUCCCUAAUUUAGUUGAAAAUUACUCCAAACCUACUGAGGCUACACAAAAAUUUGAUAAAGAGACAUCUAAGUUAGAAGAUGCAGGGAAAGAGAGAGCUUUAGAGGAGGAAAUCAUGCAGAGACCACAACAUCUGAGAGAGUCAUUGAGGCUUCAGGAAGAAAAGGACUCUAGACUUCUGCGAGAGCAACAUGAAAGCAACCUCAGGACCUUGAGGGAAACACUGGAACUAGAAAUGCAGAAGGAGGAAGCCAGAAUGAGAGAGAUUCAGACAGAAAGACUUCAAAUGCUAGAAUCUGAACUAAGAAUAGAAAGAGAGACAGAGGAAAAAAGAAUAAGAGAACGUGAGGAAUCUCUUCAUGAAGAUCUGCAUAGAGCAGCAGAGCAACUUAAGACCUCCUUGGAGGAAUUAGGGCUGCAGUUGAACACUUCCUUGAAAGAGAAAAUAAAGAGUGAAACUGAAGCAUCUUUGAAAGAGGAAAGAAAUAUUCUGCUAAAAGAAAGAGAAACCUUAAUCAGUGAACUUAGGGAGACCCUAAAACUACAGACUAAAGAGAUUUCCCAGAAUGAUGUCCAGACAGCCAAUGACGUUGAACUCACCCACAGGAAAGUGUCCCAGGUGUUAGAAUAUGAGAGAGAGCUUAGUGAUCUCUUGGAGGAAAAGAGAAGAGAGGUGCAAAGGGAUCAUGAGACAAAGAUGGCGAGACUGAAGGAGCAGCAUGAUCAGGAGCAAGAGAGAGUGCAGUCCCAGUAUGAGGAGCAGGAGCAUAAUCUGCGAACCCAGAUGCUAGAGAUGCUACAAGAAGAACGGAGAAGGAUGUUGCAAAUUCAUGAACAAGAACUGGAGGCAGAACGUCAGAUCCUGGAAACAAAUCAGGAGGAGAGACGUUGUGCUUACCAAGACAAGGAGACUCAACUGCAGGCCUUGGAGCAAAAGCAACAGAUUCGAAGGAAGCAUCUAGAGGCACAAACAUUGCAGAUAGACAUCCAGGAGGAUGUUUUAAAAAAAAGAAGAGAACAACUGGAUGAACAGGAGCUGGAGCUAGAGAAGAGAGCUGAGGGUUUGGAAACUUCACGUCUCAGUCGGCAUGUGCAGGACAAUAAAGAACAGCUACUUCGUAAAUCAGUCCGACAAAUAGAGAGAGAAUUUGAGGAGAUUAAAGGUCAAAAAUCUGAGCUUGAAACUGAGAUACAAUUUUUACAGUCUCGCCGUGAACGAUUGCAGAAAAUAGUAAGUGAUUUAGAUAAGGAGAUCAGCUGCAAACGUAAACAUCUAAAUGAUAAAGAUAGUGAGACAGAGAAAAUGGAGCCUGUACUUACCUUAGAAGACCUGACACGGACCAGGAAGUCUUUUUCACUUAUGGAAUCUUCUGUGUCUGUCUCUGAAACUUCUUUAGAAGCUAAUUCCUCUGAACACUUUACUACCAAUGUAAAAUGUGUUUACAGUAAUCUUGAUGAUGUGUUGCCUCCAACUCAGCUGUGCAAUCCUUGUUUAAAUGUUAUUAUGCAUUCUAAUCAGACUAAUGCCUUGCUUCUAAAGAGCGGAGUUAUAGCUGCAUCACAGACACUAGCUGAAUUACGGUUACCGGUCUUCAUUUGCAUAAAGAUAGCAGUUGAGUCCAGAUUUUCUAGCAGGAUAAUCACUGCGUUGUCAGGCAGUGUGCGGCAUUACAUCUCAUCUCAAGGUGCCUCCAUACAAAGUGCAAAGGAUUUCUUGCAGCAACAAACCCACUCAAUGCGCCGCCGGCAGAGCCUGCUCAGGUCCACCAAGCAUCAGUGGCGACAUGACAAUAUGCAGUUAAGCCCGGAUGCAGAUGGAUUACAACUUGCAGAGAGAGGGGGAAAUAGCAUUGAAGAGGUCCCUGUCAGAAGUCUGGAUGAAGCUAUGAGACAUGGAAGGCUGUGUCUGCUCCACAGCAGUGACCCUGCCAGAGUGCUUUUUUCUCCCUCUGGGGAGAGAUUGGAGACCGCUGAGCCGUCCGCCUCUGAGGAUUCAGUGUCUCGUGAGGCACGUUCCCUGGAAUCUUCUGUUCCUACACAAGCAGUUGUCCCAAAUUCUUCUCUGGAAGGAGGUUUCUUUCCACCAGAGGUUGCUGCUCGGUUGCGGAUGGCCAUAUUAGUGGCGUUGGCGCAUUUACAGCUUCUUGAGGGCCAGCGACGAGCUUAUCCGUGUCCUCUUUACCUGGCGAGUCUUUCCUCUGGGGGAGUUGUUCCCUUUGAGGCUUCAGGGGGACAGCCGGCAGGAUCUGCGCCUUCAGAUGCCCCGCCGGAGAUGAGUUUUGCCUUUAGAGUUAGUCUGACGCACCUGAGUGUAUUGCUGCGGCAGGAACCACACAUUCUGCAUGAUGUACACUCUACCAUGCAAAAGGGACAGAUCUUGCUACAAAAUAAGGAGCAGCAUUUGCAGGACCUGGAAAACUCACUUAUGAAAGAGAUAUUGGAAGAGGAUGGAAUGAAAGGUGCAAGUAGUAAGAAGGUGGUGACUUUUGACCUAAGUGACUCAGAGGACUCAAGCAGUAUAUUAAGUACUGACCUAAACAGAUGUAGUAAUAUGGGCUCAAAGCCUUUUCUUCCCAUCAAAGUACAGCAUCUAAGUAAUUCAUUGUGUCGUAUCACAGCUGAGCUCAAUGGGGUUCUAAAGUCCAUGGAAUCAGUCACCUCUGAUCCUAAUGUCACUCUCCCUACCUACAUUCCAACCAGCACACCUCUAUCUGUGCCACAGCCCUUCUCUCUAAACAAGCUGAGUACUUUGGCUGCAACACCUUUGUCCUCACCAUCUAGCAGAACAAAUGGUAUAAUAUCAAGACUUAAUGAUACUUCUUCCUCCUCUUUGGAUGCCAUGUUAAAGGAAAAAUUGCGCAAGUAUUUUCCAGAACAUAAUUAUUUUGUUUACCAGGAACUGUUCUUUUUGCAAGUAAAAGGUACGGCCAUGGGCACUAAGUUUGCCCCAAGUUUUGCCAAACUUUUUAUGGGAUGGUUUGAGGAACAGUACAUCUAUUCCUCUGACUUUGGGGCAAACUUGGUGUUCUAUGGUCGGUAUAUAGACAACCUUAUUUUUAUAUGA